UUUAUAUCAUGAACAAUAUUAUCAAUUUAAAGAAUAUUUUGUGUGUCUGACGUCUUAAUUUUAGCCUUCUGGUGAUCGUUUGUGCUUUGAUUUGAAUGAGGGCUGGAAGCCAUUGAUUGUGAUCGUCUUAAGAAGCCUGUUCCAGGUAUUGAAGUGUGCAACAUUUUGUUCAGAGUGAUUACUGAUACUGUUUGUCUUUAUCAUCCAAUAAUUUCAUUGUCACCAAUUGAUUUGUUGUAAAUGACUUAAAAUGUGCUGGGUGUGCAAUAUGUGGUUGUCAUGUUUCAUAAUUUUGCUAGAUGCGAGUACAUCUAUGAAGCCUGAUUCACUUGGUGUAGAAAAGGUACAGGUUAUAAAUGAAAUUUUAUUUAGCAUUUCACCUUUCUUUGUACAAACACCUUCAAGAGAAUAAAAUUCUAGUACAAUUUUACCAUAGUUGUGCUUUCAGUGUCGGAAUCCCUUCACCCUCAACAUCUUUCUUUCUUGAGGUCCAGGGCAUUUCCGGCUCAUUCCUUCAGCCCUUUACAAACAUGUGACAGAAGACGGAGGCCACAAAAACUCAGGAAGAUCGGAUUCACCUAUGCAAGACGCCACUACGGCUGCUCGAGCAGCACCACGUCCGUCCAUCGCCGACUGCCCAUAACGGGUCACUCCCUAUCCUGCAAAUAGUGUUAUUGAGCCAUACCAUAACAUAACCUAUGAAACUUGUGGAGUGAGGUGUGACAGCACAGCAACCUGGACAAGGGCCCAAAUUGAUGCCGAAUGGCUGCGAAAGCGGAAAAUGACGUGAACUCUGCCUUCGAUGACAUUUUUCGGACGGAGAGUCGCCUCUCAUCCGCGGCCUUCGAAGACGGCUUUGAAAGUGGUCGCCUGAAGGGUGCCGAAGAGGGGUUCCACUUGGGAUACCACAGAGGCGCAGAGCUGGGAGCAGAGCUUGGCUUCUAUUCUGGAGUUGUUGAAGCCUGGCUGUCUCUUGAAUCUAACGUGACGUCAGAGAGAGCACUACAAAGCUUACGUAAACUCCAACAGCUGUUGAAAAAUUUUCCUCGGACAAACGUUGAUAAUGUUGAUAUUAUGGCUUCCUUCGAUGAGAUCAGAGUCUCCUACAGAAAAGUUUGCUCUCUCUUAAAGAUGAAUUCUUCUUACCCAGAGGCUUCCAAACUGUCCUUUUAAAGUGGAAGCCCUAAAAUGGGUGCUAAGGUAG